AUGGCCUUCAGUCCCUUUUUCUGGCUCUACGCCAUCCUCCAAUGGGUUCUCGACAAGAUAUUUUCACCACACCCACCACCUCCUAAUGCGCACCUCCGCCGUCCUAAGAUUGCAGUGAUUGGUGCCGGUCUUACCGGUGUCUCUGCGGCAGCCCAUUGCGUUGGCCAUGGCUUCGAGGUGACUAUAUUUGAAGCCGACGAUGAGAAGCACGUCGGCGGGAUAUGGACACACGUGAACACAACUUCUGGUCUUCAAAUCCACAGUGUCAUGUAUCGAUUCCAUCCUUCUGUUCAUUGGAGUGGAGGAUACCCGCACCAACACCAGAUCGUCGAUCAAGUCCAGCAGUUGUGGCACAGGUACGAACUCGAUCAGAGAACGAUCUUCAAUACAAAGGUCGAGAAAGUCUACAAAGACAAGCAAGGCCGAUGGAUCAUCAACAACCCCUCCAACGGCCGUUUUGAUGGAAUCAUACCGGCGAUUGGGACAUGCGGAGCUCCGAAAAUGGCUCACUUACCUGGCCAAGAGACCUUCAAGGGAGGCAUCUUCCACUCUUCGGCCUUGGACGGUGUAGAUGCGAAAGGAAAGAAGAUCCUCAUUGUUGGCGGCGGCGCAAGUGCGGUUGAAGCGUUGGAGUGGGCUGUCAAUACAGGAGCUGCAGAAAUCAAGGUGCUGGCUAGAUCUGACAAGUGGAUCAUUCCCCGAAAUGCGCUUGUGGACGCACUUCUUGCCUUCAACAUAUUCGGUCAAGAAACCCUGCUAUCGUGGAUUCCGGAGAACCUCCUGCGCUUAUUCUUCUACCGCGACCUCAGAGAUAUAGCACCGGCAGAUCAGGGCCUGUUCACGGAGACCCCCAUGGUCAAUUCGGAGAUCUUCGAGCAGAUACGUGCUGGAAAAGCAGCCUGGUUCCGAGGGGAUAUCGAGGAGGUCCGUGAGAACGGCAUCUACUUCAAUCACCGGGCAAAGGGUGUGCCUAAGGGAGGGCCCGGACGACAUAAGCUGGUCGAGGGAGAUGUGAUCAUCAUGGCGACUGGCUACAAACGACCAAGCCUUGACUUUUUGCCUGACGAGGUCUUCGAAGACGGCUACCAACCUCCACGAUGGUUUAUACAAUGCUUUCCGCCUGCGGCUCCUUCGAUAUGUGCAAUCAACUCGACUUAUGUAUCGGCUAUCGGAACUGUUGGCAAUUAUCAUAUCGGAAUCUACACGCGAAUGCUUCUGAUGUUCCUCGUCGACCCUCUGACAACUCCUCGCACUUGGUGGAUGAAGCGAUGGGUCGACUUUACCAGUACGAUAAAGUCAUUGGCUCCAACCAAAGCAUUCGACUUCUUCACCUAUUCCGAACUGCUCUACUGGUUCUGCUUUAUCACGCUGAUCAACCCGUUUAGAUGGAAGUGGGCGCUUUUUGUGUUCUUUGGUAUUGGGGAAAACUUGCCCGCCAGCAUUGCGGAGGAAGAAGACAAGCUGAGGAACGAACUGGGAUACGGCAAAAACAACCACCAUGAUUAG